AUGCACUCGGAUGCCUUCGAUGUGAUUCCUUAUGAGGACAUCAAAGGAGACUGGGUCAGACUGGGAUCCGGGUCAUUUGGGAACGUCUACAAAGGGAAAUAUCUGGGCAUCGACGUAGCCAUCAAGGAAGUUCUCCCAUCCACCGAGUACGACGUCGGCAAAUACUUUGAGCGAGAAUGGCGGUUGAUGAAGGAGUCUCGACAUCCCAAUAUUUCCAAACCAUUUCCCUGGCGCCUUCGUCUCUCCUUUGCUACCGACAUCGCCCGUGCUCUCGCCUACCUGCACGCUCGCAAAUGUAUCCAUCGCGAUCUCAAAGGCGAAAAUCUGUUAGUCACUUCCAACGGACGCCUCAAGAUCACCGAUUUUGGUUUCGCUCGCAUCGCUGCUCGAAACGAAGAAGAGCUCAAGCGUCUAACCUUCUGUGGUACAGACUCGUACAUGUCCCCUGAAGUCUUGCUUGGGGAUGAGUUUGAUCUGCCCACCGACAUCUUUUCCCUUGGAAUUAUAUUGUGCGAGAUCGUGUCACGCCAGCUGGCGGAUGACAGGCAUUUCAAGAGGACCCCUCCCACAUUCGACAUCGAUGUAGACGAGAUCCGCAAACUCGCAAGCCCGGGCUGUCCUCCCGACAUGAUCGCCUUGUGUAUCGAUUGUCUUGCGACGGAUCCCGCUGCGCGACCUGUUACCCGGGAUAUCCUUGAGCCGAGGGAUGAAGAUGCUCAUGUAGGUAGCAUCAAGUUCAUGACAGGUGGCAAGCGACCAUCCGCCGGCCCGCGCAUUCCCAGCUUCGGAAUGGGAGUCGGGAAGGACAUUCGAUCCAGCGGGUCUUCCACUGAUGACAGCGAUGACGAGCUGAUGGAAGCAGUCAUGGGUCUAUCCAGUGUAGGAGUCAACAGUGAUUGGAGUGACUCGACUGGUGGUAAGUUUGCUUCUCGCGGUAAUGAGCCUCUUCUGAACACCGGGUCAUCCGAAUACAGUACCACUGUUAUCCGUUCGCAUCCCUCGCAGCAAACAAUGCCUCCUUCCCUUUCCUCUAUCCUCACCAUUCGUGCUUCCCCGAAUCCAAACGAGACACCAGACCCAGUGCUACCAGCGUCAAACAGUUCAUCUUCAUCGCAACCUUCAACCAUCAUGGCCCAGCGUGCUGAAGGGGAAGAUCUCCUGGGUACUUCAUCCAUUAUGUCCAUUGACACACUUGACUCGUACCACACGGCGGCCGGCGUGUCAGCCAUCUCCAGCGCACUGGCGACAGAAGGAGGAUCCACUAUUCGCACUCUGAAUGGCAACUAUGUUGCCCCUCUUGUCCACCGCUUCACCCUUCUUAAGCCUGGUGGUGCUAAGCCCAAGAAGAACAGCAUCAGCGGUACCAUCUCACCCCCGGGUGAAGCUGUCACAUGGAACCCACUUGACUUGAUCUUCUCGAGUGGUCUCUUUGUGGCCAAGUGCGAUGUAUGUACGAAACGACUCGGAUGGAAACCCAUUUUGGAGUGCGAUGACUGUGGACUGAAGGCCCAUAUCAAGUGCGGCGAGGUUGCUCCGCGCGACUGUGGUCUUCGACCCUCUUACCAAGAUCACACCACAGGCACGUCUCCGGUUUCUAAAGUAAAGCAAGGCGGCAAGGCAAGCCCGACUAGAUGA